AACCGGCCCAGGAAAAGGAAACUUAGGAGAAAUCGAAACUCCUGGGUAAAGGAGGGCCCCCCAAGUGUGUGCUGGCCUCUGGACCACAGUUGCUCCGUCCUCACCAUGAACCGCACAUCCCAGCUCUUAUUCACUGGGGCCCACGGGGCGGUGCCCCCAGCCUAUGAGGUGCUCAAGGAGGAACACGAGGUGGCCAUGCUGGGGGCGCCCCAGAGCCAGGCGCCCGUGACGACCACGGUGAUCAACAUCCCCAGGGAGACCGCUGUGCCCGACCACAUCGUGUGGUCCCUGUUCAACACCCUCUUCAUGAACUGGUGCUGCCUGGGCUUCGUGGCAUUCGCCUACUCUGUGAAGUCUAGGGAUCGGAAGAUGGUCGGCGACAUCACUGGGGCCCAGAGCUACGCCUCCACCGCCAAGUGCCUGAACAUCUGCUCCCUGGUCCUGGGCAUCCUUCUGACUGUCGUCCUCAUCAUCGUCGUUUCCACCGGCUCCCUGAUGAUUGUUCAAGCAGUCUCAGAGCUCAUGCAGAACUAUGGAGGCCACUAGGCCCUGCCCACAGCCAGAGGCAGUCGCCUCUCUCCCUGCAGCCUAUACAGGCACCUGCCACCGUGAAAUAAAAGGAGGCAUUUGUA